GCUGUCCUGAAGACCUCAAGCUACGAGUCGAGCUGUAGGGUUGGAUCAGAGAAGCAAUGUAUGCAGGGGCCUGGCCAUGUAGAGCCCGGAAAGUUAGCACAAGUAGCACAAAUAAACCUGCCUUGUCUUGCCUAUAGUCAGAUUAAGAAUAUCUGUUUAAUAUAGCAUCUGCUUGAAAGCAAAAACACUAUUUUUUAGGAUAAUUCUGUAUAAAUUCAGGCAUCAAGGGUUUCAUGUUUUGAGGAAAUACUCUAAUUGUAACAUUAAUUAUGUAAAGUAAAUGUAAUAUUGACAACUACUAGACAUUUUACUGUAUGUCAGUUUGGUUAGUUACUGUAUUCAGACAUGAUUUUUUUUUUUCAGCUUCUUUUGUCACCAAUGUCAACUGGUUCUAUUUUUCAUGUUUCCUUGUGUAAAGUUGAUUUGCAUGUAAAUGGGUGAUACUGAGAUUUAGUUCAGCGCUUCUCAUUCAGACAGUUCUACUACAUGUGGUAUUCACACUGUGGUUUCAGUCUGAGGUUUAGCUGUUGAAAAAGACGAUCAGAAUAAAUAAUACUAUGCACAGUGUCAGUGAUGUUUACUGACUGGACUGAUGUAUUCAUUUAACCAUAAAGAACACCUACUGUCCUUUUGUCUUUAGUUGCAGUUUUUUCAUACAGAUUCUAUCGAGGUUGACGUUCAUAUGAGUAAACACCUACAUUUGCACCCAUUUUCCCCCAUCUACAUGCAUGAUCAAACUUCUUCUGAUUCACAUAUAAACAGCAGCAAACAGCAGCUCUGUUCUGAAAAAUUAGCAAACCACAAACCUGAGGUCUCUUUUAUCUUUACAUGAACAUACACCCCCUUCUGCUAAAUUUUGGGUUUUCCCUUCAAAGCUUUUGAAGUGAGAAAUGGAAAAUAGUCAGCCAAAGGAAAUUACAAAAUCAAGAAAACUUCGAGAAAGUCUUAAAUUCACUUGUUUAUAUCAGAGUAAAGUUGAUGAAGUACGCACUGAGAAAAGCCAUGGGUUAAUUUAUGCACUGGGAAGAACUCCUUACAGUCAGAUUCUUUCAUUUGGAAAAGAUCACAUCUACAAAGAACAUUUCUCCUGUGCAUGUGGGCCAGACCAUCUGCUGUAAACAUAUGGCUGGGCUGCUCCGUCAUGAUGAGUGGUUUCUUUGGUGAUGUGCUGAGAUGAAUCUGUCCUCAACUUUUUGGAGAUGUAUUAUCAUACUCAUCAGUUUUUCCAUCAGGCGUUGGCCUUUGGUUCCUAUCACCUGCUAUCGCCUCAAGACCCGGGGAUCGUUGACUGUACAACCAGCUUCACCCGUCCUCAGGGGCUCAAACGUGACAGUGCACUGCAACAUCUCAGAAUGCAAUCCACAUGACAACCACAACCAGUUCAAAAUAUCCCUGGAGUUGGAUGGUAAAGUAGUGGAUCCAGGGGAACAGAGGACAACGAACUGCACUGCUGUGUUUCAUCUGUUUAAUGUCCAAGCACCAAUAUCUGGAUUGACCUGCACACAAAAGAUUAAUGGGCUGUGGCACGUCAUUAAUUUAACGGACCUAAAGAGUGGACUCCCCCCAAAUAAAUCUCAAAACAUUACCUGUGAAACAACAAGAAGCUCACACACCAUAGACUGCUCAUGGCAAACUGGACAAGAAACUCACCUCCCCAUAUAUUAUAACAUUUCAGUUGACAGAGAAAAUGGGUCCCAGAUAUAUUUCCGUCAGAUCCAGGACACUGAAAAUGUAACAAUACCACGAAAAAUACUAGAUGACAAUACAAAGUACAGGCUGACUGUCAAUGUCUCCAACCACUUUGGAGAUUCACAGUCUGAUCCCUUCAUCCUCUGUGUGAAGGACAUUGUUAUCCCUGAGGUGCCUCAUAUUACUCAGAUAAAGUUUGAAAAUACCUCCUUAGCAGCGACAUUGCGGUGGAAAUCCACUGAUUCCUCAGAAAACCUCAGGUUCUACAUCAGGCUCCGCACACAUAAUGACUUCUGGGAAGUCAGAAAAGCAGCCGAGCUCAGUGAGGGUCUGGUACGACUGGACCACCUGAGGCCUCUCACUGUAUAUGAGUUCCAGAUGAAAACGUGUAACUUGACAUUUGGACUGACAGGUACUAGCCCACCCUGGCAGACUUCUCUCUGCAGCAAAUGGAGCUCAUCUUUGUGGGGGAAAAGCCCUGGAAAAGGUCCUUCACAGAAGUUGCAUGUUUGGAGGACGUCAGACAUGAAGUUAACGACGUGGGACCGAAAUGUGACUGUUUUAUGGAAGCCUCCGUCUGCAGAUGAUUACAGCGGGGAGGUGCAACAGUACCAGAUCAUCCUGGUGAAUGAUCAGAAACAAGAAGUGAGCUGUCCUGCUGCUUUGUCCCGGUACACAGUGAAACUACCUCCAAACAUUAAGGCAUUAAGCGUCAGUGCUGUCACCUCCUAUGGGAUGACUCCACCAGCUGAUAUCCCACUCCAGCAGUCAGAUGCUGUUGGACUUGUCCUGACAGGUUGGGCUCCUGCAGCUAAUGGCAGUGCUGUGCUCGUCUCCUGGUCGUUGUUGUGGCCCAAACACUGGUCUGAACCAAAAGAAGACGUGCUGAAUUAUGUGAUUGAAUGGACUAGUGUGCCUGCAGCAGGACUGCACUGGAAACAACUGUCUAAAGAUCGGAAUAAGACGACUAUCACAGGUCUCAAUGCAGGUGUGAGAUACAAUAUUUCUGUGUAUGUUGUGACCACCAGGGGUGUUAGCGCUCCAUCGUCUCGCAUAGUCUACUCCAAAGAAAGGGAGCCAGCGUCUGGUCCUGUCAUGUCAGUGUUGGUCCAUGAAGCCCAGCGGAUCCUGGUCAAGUGGGAUGAACUGUCGGUGGACCAGCGGAGAGGCUUCAUCACAUCCUACACCAUCUACUACCACACAUUAGACUCCAGCAACAUUCAUUUCACAGAGACGGUUCCAGGCUCUGGUCACAGACAGAUGUGGCUGAACUGUCCUGAAGGAGCCGUGGCUCUGCAGAUGACGGCCUCCACCUCGGCAGGAGAAGGACCGCGAGGGAAUCUCAUAUCCACUCGCCCUGAAGCCCCCGCAGUUGGCCUUGUGAUUGUGAUCAUUUUCAUCUUCACCCUCCUAAUAGGGAUCAUAACCAACCUGAUGUGCUGGAGUUGUGUGAGGGAAAGGAUUAAACAGAAGUGUGUAUCCUGGGGUCCUUCUUGGUUUGCUGAAAACUUGCCAAAGAUGACAAACAGUAAUGCCAUCAAACUAUUGGAGCAGGAUGGAGGUGAACCCACAUUCUCCUCCAUCUAUAGCGACCCUCCACUGUCUCCCAUCAGUUUCAUCUCCCAGGAGGAGAGGGAAGAUAUGUACCCCACUGUCCACGCUGAAUCAAGGCCAGGAGAACCCAAAGCAGAGACCACCUUCCUGCUGUCAGAUACUGGGACGGCGCUUUUUGAUCAUCAGCUGGAAGAUGGCUACAAACCUCAGGCAGCUCCAAUUAGUUUAUAUGAAGAGGAAAUAACUGAGACAGAAGAGGAGUCAAGGGACAUACAGGCAAGUUGGGACGACGUUAGAAGUUCAGGUGCACUUGGAGGAUUACUCAGAGGCUUUCUCCCCAACAUAGAUGUGGAUUUUUCACCUGUUCUAUUGACUCUGGGCUCGAAUACUGGCAUGGUGUGGCCUAAAGCUCAUGAAACAAGUGCUGUUUCUUUAAAUCAGGGCAUCUCACUGGAGAAAGAGGGGCAUGAGAGUCAUGUGGACACUGACUCUGUGCCGUUACAGCAGGGUGAAAUAAUGAACCCUGGUGAGACAGGUGUUUAUUUGUCUCAAAAUACAGCUGGGGUAACUUUGACCAGCGGUUAUUUCCCUCAAGUAUGUCAACCGCACGAUGACUUCUGAUGCACAACCUUCACUGGUUAACCAACUUAUAAGAAAGCAUUAUAACUUCAUUAAAUGACCACUUUUAUGCAAUAACCUUCUGUAACUAUAA